UAAAAACACAACGUCAUUCUUAAAUUCACGAUUUAUCUAUUUUAAAUUUCCCGCUUAGUCCCGCGUGUCACAAAUGUUCGCGCUCUCGCUUUUUCUACAGAUUUCCGGGCUGGCUGGUGGCCAUAUUGUUUUAUUACGCAUUUCGGUCGUAGCUCCCACGUGUCCAAGUAUUGAAGUUUCGCAUUAAAUAAUUUAAUUACUUGAAAUACAUAGAUCGAUUGAUCUCGAUUAGUGUUAUUGCGUCCAGUGCAGUCAGUGCAGUUAGUGUUGUACGCAGUCAUUACGUCAUUCUCACGAUAUAUUCGGACUUCAAUAAUCAACCGACUGAUCAGAAUUGGUUCUGCCGGUUACAUCUACACAAUCUAUAGAAACAUGCCGUUGCCCUACGCUGUUGUAUCUUUUUCAAAUGAUGAUUCUGACGAUGAACAAGUGACAUCUGAGGUCCCGAGUUGUUGGUUAACUCCCAACAAUACAAAAUGCUGGUGGCCUAAGACAAAAAACAUAAGUGCAUUCAUGGUUAAAAAAGUAUUGCCCGAUACUGAAGAUCCUAAGUGGGAAUUGUACGACGUCAUAUUCGAAAACUAUUUUGAUUUGAUGGCAACCCUGAUUAACAGCAGAGAUAGUGAGAGUUUGGAAAAAGCCAGAAAAAAAGCUGAGAGUAUUUCAUCAAGUGAUGAACAAAAUAUACCAGAUAGAAAACGGAUUCAAAGAAAAAAGAAAUCUAUGUCACAAAAAAAAAUUAUUGGAAAUUCAGACAGCGAACAAGAAAUGUCAUGCAGAAACAUGCUUAAAAAAAUUCCUGAUCUACCACAUAAUUACGUCACUAACAACAGCAUGCAGUUCGAUAUUGAAAAUAUUCCUGUUAUUUAUGAAGAGACCGAUGAACCAAAAGGUUAUCCAUUAACACAAACUAACAUGACUUUUGACUGUCAGGCACCCACAUCAAAGAAAUCAGACUCCAUUUCAAUUAGAACACUGAAUUGCAGUCCAGUAAAGACGUUUUGUGCGUUUACAAUGACAUCAUCAACCGAUAAGCCUCACGAAACAUUAACACAAAAUGAUUCACUUAAAACCACACGCAACGUCCCAAAAGUGUUAUCGCAGCAAGUACUUACCAAAGCUCCAAUUGAAACAGAGCAGAGAUUACUUGUAGCACCAAGUUCAUCACUACCAGUAUAUGAUGCAAUAACUACCUCUUUGCCAUUGUACACAUCUAACAGAUCAGAUGCGUAUACACAAGAUAGGUCCGAGUCUUUGGUACGAAUUAUUGAAGAUAAUUUUAAUAAAUUAUUCAAAAAAGUUGCUGAAAUAGCAGUAGAGGUAAAAUCUUUGACAGCAAGUUUGAAUAAAUUACAAACAAGAUUUCAUGAUGACACCGACACCCCUGCAAGUGCUGAACUGCUCAUGAUCACAGAUUCGUUACCAUUUCCUACAAUUGAUAAACUGAAGGACUUUGAAUACCAAUUGGAAAUAAAUGCUACCCUAAAAUCUAGUGUGGGAUCAUAUUUCAAACGAAUUGGAGGUAGCGGAGCAAAAGAUACUACAUUGCGUAUUCUUCGAAGAGUUUUCUCAAAUGCAGUGGCUCAGAAUUGUUCCUGGUUGGGCCUACGUGAUAAUUUUUCAGUCCAAAAUUUGGCUAUAAUAAAGAUCACCAAAGAUCUAUUUUUAUUUCCUAGAUGCAGUAAUGGUGAAUUAUAACAUGACGGACAAAGAAUUUGAAGAAACUUGCAGUGAGUGGUUCCGUCAAGGAAAACAAAGAUUUAUCAGAGAAGAGAAGGCGAAGGCCAAAGCACGAGCAUAGAGGAAGCACGAGCAAUCGCACAAGUUCAUACUGUAAAUUAACCACAGUUCAACGAAUUGGAGUCAAUCUUAUAUUUAAUUUCAAUUUAUUCUUGUUUUACAACUUACAUCUGUACUGGCUCAAGUUAAUUCAUGAUACUCACCUACAAACUGCAAUUCAUAUAGAUUUUUAAGUUCAUUUGAUAGCUUUCAUACCUUCAUAUAUCUUAAUCUUAAAUAGUUUGAAGCUAAUUUCAUACCUCGAAUGUUUACGGUGCAGUAGUUUCACAUCAAAACCACAAUUGUAUCAUGUUUACCAUGUACUUUGUGGUUUUGUAGUAAAACUCCAUACUAACAGUAUAAAUAUUGUCCCACUUUCCGGUGAUGUGAGCAACAUAUUCGACAUGGAGUUGGAUAGAAAAAUUAUAAACAAACUACACGGAAAAAUGAUAUAACGGUAGUUACCUUGCGAAGCCACUAUAUAUAGCCUAUACGUUCAUUUUGAAUUUACGUAUUUUUGAAAGGAUUCCAAUUCUUGUUUUAUCGCGAAAUAUAAUACCAUAUAAUACAGCCACAAGUUACAUUACAGGCACAUCAGUGUUGACUUGAUUCCACAUAGGUUAUCUAUGUACCUAAGUAAUUUUUUGUUUAGUUCCGUAUACGUUUCAUAACGUAAAAGUCAGA